AUGCGGAUGGUCUGGAAGACAAAUUGGAAGGUCUCCGUAGCCGCGUUAUCGCCAGUUGUAGCCGUAGUCCCAAUUUGGGUGACAUAGACCUGCGCACAUAAAUAUCAAGGUAGAACCCAGGGAGAAGGUAAGCAUUCACGAAACUACAAGCCGACCGCUAUCACUUGAGCCAUCGUUCCAGUCUCAGGACACGUACGCCCGUGAGCUCUCGAGACAAAGUCACGAUAGCGACUGGAGUGGAUCGGGGUUCGGAAGCGUUGGUUAAGGUGCAAGAGUUGGAGGAGCAGAUUGAAAAGUUGAAGAUGCAGUUGGUGAAGGCGGUCAGUUUGAAUCAAGGGAUGUGGGAUAAGGUCGUACAGGGGAGUCUGGGCGGUGGGGAACGAUGA